AUGGGGAUAAAGAAAACAAGUAAGGCGCAGACAGAAAGAGUAGCAUCACCAUUGAAACAGAUGCUGAAGAGAUGCUCAAGCUUACUGAAGAAGGGCAAAGAAGACGUGCCCAUGAAGGGGCAUUUCGCUGUUUACGUGGGGAAAUCCAGAGCCCGUCACGUCAUCCCCAUCACAUUUCUCAACCAUCCAAUCUUUCAGAAGAUGCUGCAAGAAGCAGAGGAAGAGUUUGGGUUUAGGCAAGAGAGAGGCAUCACCAUUCCUUGCGACCAAAAUAUAUUUCUCUUUCUCUUGGACACCAUAUCAUAUCACAGUAGCUAG